AUGUCAGCAACGAAACUUUUCGAACCGCUCAAGCUGGGCACGGUUCAGCUUCAGCACCGUGUGGUCAUGGCACCUCUGACCCGACGUCGCGCCGACAAGGACCACGUUCAAUUGCCUAUGGCGAAGGACUAUUAUACACAAAGAACAUCUCCAGGAGGCCUUAUCAUUGCGGAAGCAAUUCUCAUCUCUCCCGAGCACGGCGGAUUCAGUCAUGCGCCUGGUAUUUACACGGAAGCUCAGAUUGCGCGUUGGAAGGAAAUCACAGAUGCCGUUCAUGCCAAGGGAGGUUACAUCUACGCUCAACUGGUCUCUGUCGGUCGAGCAGCAGAUCCUAAUGUCUUGAAAGAGGAAGGAAACUUUCCUGUCAUUAGCUCGAGCGAAGCACCGCUCAACGAAGGACCGGACUCAAUCCCUAAGGCCUUGACCGAAGAAGGAAUCCAAAGAGCUGUGGAGACUUUCGCUCAAGCAGCCAAGAAUGCUAUCAAAGCAGGCUUUGACGGUAUAGAACUCCAUGGUGCAAACGGUUAUCUCAUCGACCAAUUCACCCAGGACACCUGUAAUCGCCGCACCGACUCCUACGGCGGCAACAUUGAGAAUCGAUCACGCUUCGCCCUCGAAGUUUCCCAAGCCUGCGUCAACGCUGUUGGUUCUGAACACGUUGGUUUCCGCAUCAGUCCCUUCAGCACUUUCCAAGGCAUGAAAAUGGACGACCCCAUACCUCAAUUCUCGCAUCUAGUCCAAGGACUCAAGCAACAGCGACUGGCUUACUUGCACAUCAUCGAAUCUCGCGUCAUCAACAGCGUCGACUGCGAGAAAACAGAAGGCAUCGAGCCCUUCCUCGAGAUCUGGGAUAACGUUUCUCCUGUCCUGGUUGCUGGUGGCUUUUCUCCGCAAUCGGCGAAAUUCGCUGUUGAUGAAGAAUACAAAGCAUAUGAUACUGCUGUUGUUUUUGGACGUCAUUUUAUCGCUAAUCCGGAUUUGCCCGAGAGGAUUUUGAAGGGAGUCGAGUUGAACAAGUAUGAUAGGAGUACGUUUUAUUCGCCGAUGCAGAAGGAGGGGUAUCUGGAUUAUCCGUUUUAUGAGAACAAGCAAAGUCUGGAUGUAGAAGUUGAGGUAUAA